GUGGGCUACUGCGUAAUUAUAUAAACCCACGAGGAGAAAAUUAAUUAAAAAGAACCGAGAAAACGAAUUCUUGUUAAGACAUUCUUCCUCUUCGCAUCGGUUUGUUGCUUAAAGCCAGAGAUCUGCUUCUCUGGUUUUUCAAGAAUCGGAAAUGGACGGAAGCGGCGGCGGUGGUGACGGUGGCGGUUCCAUAGCCACACCUGUGCAAAAGAAGGCUCACGAGGCGUGGAGGAUUUACAAAUAUUACCUCGACAAGACUACGCCUCACUCGACCUACAGGUGGAUCGGAACGCUUGUCGUCUUUCUCAUCUACUCCUUGAGGGUUUUCUCUAUCCACGGUUUCUACAUCAUCUCCUACGCCCUCGGCAUCUACCUCUUGAAUCUCCUCAUCGGCUUCUUGUCCCCUCUUGUUGAUCCUGAGCUCGACCUCUCCUCUGAUGGUGGAGCUUCUCUCCCUACUCGAGGCUCUGAUGAGUUCAAGCCUUUUAUCCGCCGUCUCCCCGAGUUCAAAUUCUGGUACUCCAUGACUAAGGCCUUCUGCAUAGCCUUUCUCAUGACGUUCUUCUCCGUCUUUGAUGUCCCUGUCUUCUGGCCUAUUCUGCUUUGCUACUGGGUUGUUCUCUUUUUCCUCACCAUGAGACGCCAAAUCUCCCACAUGAUCAAGCACAAGUACAUCCCUUUCAGCAUCGGUAAACAGAAAUAUAGUGGCCGGAGAUCUUCUGCGAGUAGCGGUGGUGCCUCUCGUGCUGAUUGAUUUUGAUUAUUAGUUCCAGUUUGUUUCAUGUUGCUCUCUGUUAGUUCCCUCCGAAGUACCUCUUCUGUAAAUAUGAUUUAUUCCUACUUCAAACCGAACUCAUUCCCUUUGUUCUUUGUUUCGUUAGUUUCAUUUCUUGUUAUUGGAAGACUUCUUUUGAUG